ACGCGGCUUUCGUCGUCACAGAGACACAGAGAGAGAGAGAGAGAGAGAGAGAGAGAGAGAGAGAGAGAAGAGAGAUCUAUGAAUGUAGUUUGAUCUGCCUGGAUCUUGGGAUUUCGGGUUUGGUGUUGUUUGCGAGUGGUUCGGGAAGGAUCCCGCAAAAGUUCUUCUUUUUGGAUUUGUCAUGGCUAUAAAAGGGAACGCAGCAGACAGCAGGACAAGGAGCUCGGUAUCUGUAUUUAUUGUGAUUGGUUUGUGUUGUUUUUUCUAUGUGCUUGGUGCAUGGCAAAAGAGUGGUUUUGGUAAAGGAGACAGCAUAGCUGUUGAAAUCACUAAACAGACUGAUUGCACUGUUUUGUCCAAUCUUAAUUUUGAGACCCAUCAUAGUGGAGCCAGUUCUGAUGAUAUACCUGAUUCGAAAGUCCAAACCUUUGAGCCUUGUCAUGAGCGAUAUAGAGACUAUACUCCUUGCCAAGAUCAAAGGCGUGCAAUGACCUUUCCCAGGGAAAACAUGAAUUACAGGGAAAGGCACUGCCCUCCAGAUGAAGAAAAACUCUAUUGCCUUAUUCCAGCGCCAAAAGGAUAUGUAGCUCCAUUUUCCUGGCCAAAAAGCCGGGACUAUGUUCCUUAUGCAAAUGUACCCUACAAGAGUUUGACAGUGGAGAAGGCUGUUCAGAAUUGGGUGCAAUAUGAGGGCAAUGUGUUUAGAUUUCCAGGAGGUGGUACACAGUUCCCUCAAGGAGCUGACAGAUAUAUUGAUCAACUUGCAUCUGUUAUCCCAAUUGCCAAUGGAACUGUCAGGACUGCACUCGACACUGGUUGUGGGGUUGCAAGUUGGGGUGCUUACUUGCUUAAGAGGAAUGUUCUUGCCAUGUCAUUUGCACCGAGAGACUCACAUGAGGCACAGGUGCAGUUUGCUCUUGAAAGAGGUGUGCCAGCAGUUAUUGGUGUCCUUGGAACCAUACAGCUCCCUUACCCAUCCAGGGCCUUUGAUAUGGCUCACUGUUCAAGGUGCUUAAUUCCAUGGGGAUCAAAUGAUGGAAUGUACAUGAUGGAAGUGGACCGAGUUCUCAGACCUGGUGGCUAUUGGGUGCUUUCAGGCCCUCCAAUUAAUUGGAAGGCUAACUUCCAGGCAUGGCAGCGCACUAAGGAUGAUCUUGAGCAGGAGCAAAACAAGAUUGAAGAAAUAGCUGCACUUCUUUGCUGGGAAAAGAUCUCUGAGAAAGGUGAAAUUGCCAUUUGGAGGAAGAGAAUAAACACUGAUUCUUGCCCUGUCAGGCAAGACGAAUCUCGUGCUAGAAUUUGCGAAUCAAGAAAUGCGGAUGAUGUCUGGUACAAGAAGAUGGAGGCCUGCGUAACUCCUUAUCCAGAGGCCAGCAGUUCUGAAGAGGUUGCCGGAGGUCAACUGAAGACCUUCCCUGAUAGACUCAAUGAUGUUCCUCCCAGAAUAGCUAGCGGUUCCGUACCUGGGAUAUCUGUUGAAGCGUAUCACGAAGACAAUAGAUUGUGGAAGAAACAUGUUAAAGCUUAUAAGAAAAUCAAUAAGUAUCUUGAUACUGGAAGAUACCGCAAUAUAAUGGAUAUGAAUGCUGGUCUUGGUAGUUUUGCUGCAGCAAUUGAAUCACCUAAAUUAUGGGUGAUGAAUGUUGUCCCUACCAUAGCCGAGAAAUCCAUGUUGGGUGCAGUGUAUGAAAGAGGACUCAUUGGCAUAUAUCAUGAUUGGUGUGAAGGGUUCUCUACUUACCCAAGGACUUACGAUCUUAUCCACGCUAAUGGUGUUUUCAGUUUGUACAAGGAUAAGUGCAAAAUGGAAGACAUUCUGCUAGAGAUGGAUCGAAUUCUGAGACCAGAAGGCGCUGUAUUCUUCCGCGACGAAGUUGAUGUGUUGAUGAAGGUUAAAAGAAUAGUGAGCGGCAUGAGAUGGAACAUUAAGAUGGUGGAUCACGAAGACGGCCCGCUUGUUCCGGAGAAGAUACUCGUCGCUGUUAAACAGUACUGGGUGAUCGGCAGUUCCGGCAAUCGAACAUCCGACGAAUAAGAAUUACAGAUUGCAGUAGUACUGAACAAACAGCUCACACAACAAGCUGAUCAUCUUUUAAGUUCUCAUCAAUAUCAAAAGCAUGUUCUUGUCCCUCUUUUAGCCCAGCUCUAUUCAUGUUUGUAUGACAUUGUUGGGUAUUUUUGCUUCUAUUUAUCAUUUUGGCCUUGUAUAAUCCUUAAACUAUUUAAAUGAAGAAUUAUUUCUCUUAA